UUUGAAGAAGCAGCCGCUGCGUCCAGGCCCCGGGGCUGGGGUCAGGCCAGGUCGCCGGUGGCCAGGCGGGCGGCCGCCAGCGUCAUGAGCAGCUCUGCACUCCUGAGAAGGAAUUCUAGCAAACAGGGCCUCGAGAGCCUCCUGAGGCUCACCACUCAGUGGAGUGUGGAAGAUGAGGAGGAGGCCGCCCGGGAGCGGCGCCAGCGGGAGAGGGACCGGCAGCUCCAGGCCCAGGACGAGGACGAAGGGGGCCAGUCCCCGGAGCGGCCAGAGCAGGAAAAGCUUCUCAGCCUGAAGCCCUCGGAGGCCACUGAACUGGAUGAAGAUGAGGGUUUCGGUGACUGGUCCCAGAAGCCAGAGCAGCGGCGGCAGCCCUGGGGGGCUGGGGAGACCACGGACGGCGGGGACCCCCCUCGGGACGAGAGUCCAGAGGGGGAGCAGGAGGAGGACAGGCCCCCCCAGCACGCCUGCGGGAACCAGGAUGCCGAAGACCAGGUGAGACCAGCCGGGGUCUGUCUGGAGGAGCUGCGUCUGAGCCCCGACUCGGAGCCCCAGGAGGGGCUGGGACCAGAGGACACAGAGCCCAAAGGCCCCGAGGGGCCCGUCCAGGGCAGCCCAGGGCCGGCAGAGACCGAGGAGGCCGAUGCGCAGCACCAGAGAUGCCAGCAGCCCAGGACCCCCAGCCCCUUGGUCCUGGAGGGGACAGAACCGGGCUCACCCCCGCUGAGCCCCAGCACCAAACUCAGUGACAGAACCGAGUCCCUGCACCGCUCCAUUCAGAAGAGUAACAGCGUGAAGAAGUCCCAGCCAGCCCUGCCCAUCUCCAAGAUCGAUGAGCGGCUGGAGCAGUACACCCAGGCCAUCGAGACCGCCGGCCGGAACCCCAAGCUCGCCCGCCAGCCAUCCAUCGAGCUGCCCAGCAUGGCCGUGGCGAGCACCAAGAGCCUCUGGGAGACGGGAGAGGUGCAGGCUCACUCCACUGCCAAGGCCCCCUCCUGCAAGGACAUCGUGGCUGGAGACAUGACCAAGAGGAGCCUCUGGGAGCAGAAAGGAGGCCCCAAGGCUUCAUCAACGGUUAAGAGCACCCCAUCUGGGAAGAGGUACAAGUUCGUGGCCACUGGACACGGGAAGUAUGAGAAAGUGCUCGUGGACGAGGGCUCGGUGCCCUAGGCCACCCUUCUUGCUUUCCUGACCGGCUCGGCUGCCCGCCGGCACCUCCUGGCUCCAAAUGCAUGCACCAGGGAGGGGCCGGCAGCCCCCCACCCCACCCCUGCCCUGCCGAAGACGCUGCUUCUCAAGGUCCGCCUGGCCACCCGCACCCCCCAACGUCCUCCACCUCUCGCUCCUGGACCCUCCAGCCUCUCCCCCUGACCCCCGGCUCUGCCCUCACCGUCCGGAGGGAAGAAACUCUGGCUGUUGAUUGGCAAAGGGACCACCUCCUGAGAAGCCACCAGCUCCCAGGGAAGGCGCAGCCGGUGCAGAGGGAGGCCAUGUGCAGGGACCUCCGUGACAAGAGCCACCAACACCUGCACCGCACUGCCCCCCUCCCCUGCUUGGAACCCCUCCACUUUGUGCAGUAAACCUCCCAUGUGUC